CACGCCGUCAAAUCGCUCUCUGCGUCCGUCUGAAACUUAUCCAUCGUACGUAGGCGCAAUUCUUUGCUUAUGGAUCGCUGUGAAUAGACUGUCGCGCGAGAAUAAAGAAGGACAUUUCGACGUCGCCGACAGGAGUUGUCAUAGGACUCAAAGGCGAAUUUCAAUCUUGACAGGCUUUCCAAUCCUCUGCGCAAGCUCCUGGCCAGUUCGGCCGCUAGACAGACGAAUCGAGAACUUCGGAUUAUAGCCCACAUCGCAAGUGCGCUUCAUUUAGGACACAACCAGUCGCGAGCACGGGUGGAGCAGCGGUCGCAAUGGCUUCGCGCAAAGCGUACGUGGAGGACGGCGAGCCCGAGCAGUUGCCGUCCACGUCAACGAGCUCGCAGCACGGCGAAAGAUGAGAGAGCAUGUGGACUGAUGGAAGUACGAAAUGACAGGACGCAGAAAUGGGCAUGUCACUCGAUCAGGUCCCCAUUGAUCGUGACUACAACAUAAGAACCGAAGGCGGAGCUAGCGACAAAGCUUCCAACGUGCUCGCUCAGCUCGAGCGUAAACGUUUCGCUCAGACCAUUGCCGUACCCACCGAUGACAAGAAAGUACGCUCUCAACUGCGCUCACUUGGUGAGCCAAUAACACUGUUCGGCGAAGGUCCUGCUGAGCGACGAGAUCGCCUGCGCGAGCUCCUUACCCAAAAGGCGGAAGGCGCAGAUGGUGGAGAUGUGGACAUGCAAGAUGCAGGCAUGGUGCCUGCGGAGGAGGAGGAGGAGGAGGGCGAGGAAGAAUUUUACACCGAAGGUACACCAGAGCUGCUUCUUGCAAGACAAGAGAUUGCUCGGUACACACUGAGCAGGGCGCAGAAGCGAAUAGCAUUUCAAAAGGCAGAGACGACGAUACCUUUGAGAAUGCAUGUCAAACAUCGCAAGGCUAUCAAGGAACGCUUACAAGGCUAUGAUCUCUACGGGUCACAAGUCGUGGCUGACAGACCGCUUGGCGCGGUUCGCUUUGCGCCAGGUGGUGAAACAUUCGCUACAGGUACCUGGAGUGGCACGGUGAAAGUUAUGGACGUAGCAACAUUGGAAGAAAAGAUGUCACUAAGAGGCCAUACCGAGGUUGUUAGUGGUCUUUGUUGGAUGCCCGUUGCCUCGCAAGCCAAUUCAAGCGUCUCCCCCGGGAGCGUCAAUCUCGUUUCCGGAGGUGGCGAUGGCAACAUACAUCUUUGGUCGCUUGAGCAGGACACCCCCAUAGGCACACUCACUGGCCACGAAUCCAGAGUCGCUAGAGUAGACAUCCAUCCUUUACGUAAAUAUAUAGCAUCUGCCUCACACGACAUGACUUGGAGGCUAUGGGACAUUGAAACAAUGACAGAAUUGCAAUUGCAAGAAGGUCACUCACGAGAAGUCCACACGGUUGGCUUCAACGUAGAUGGCUCACUACUUGCUUCGGCUGGGAUGGAUAGUGUGGGUCGCGUAUGGGAUAUACGCACGGGAAAAAUGGCUAUGUUCUUGGAUUCACAUAUCCAACCCAUUCACACACUCGAUUGGGGCACAGAUGGCUAUCGCGUAUUGACAGGCUCUUUAGACGGUUACAUCAAAUGCUGGGAUCUGCGCGCGAUUCGAGAAACGGCGUCGAUAGGUGCACACUCGGGAGGCGUGAACGAUCUUCGUUGGUUCCGGGGAAAUGAUGGACCUGCCAAUCUCGAACUUCCGCACAAAGAUGACAGAGGCGACUAUGUGCCGAAGAAGAGCGGCACAUUUGUUGUGAGUGUGGGGUUCGAUAAAACGGUCAAGCUAUGGAGCGCAGACGACUGGGCAUUGUGCAGGACAAUGCCUGGGCAUUCGAGCAACAUAACCGGUGUGGAUGUGACAGAAGAUGCGAAGUGGAUUGUUAGCUGCGGCCGAGAUAGAACUGUGAAGCUCUGGGCGAGAGACGAUGGCGAGGGUAUCUAAACCUGAGUAAUAGGAACACUGCCAUAUUCGCUCGAUGCGCAGAUGACUAUGGGCCAAAUUGUAUCGAGGCAUUGAAACACGUACAGACCUGUACGACACACCGAUCCAUUAUGCCAAGAUGAGGAGUUCGUCACCUCAUCGAGAUGAUGGGAUCUGUACACCUUAAUGUAAUAAUGCAGCAGAUCCAUCAA